CCCGCCCAAGUAAAGUCGCGGAUAUCCUGCGCAAUCACCAACACCAACCCAUCCUCACCCUCCCGUCAUGUCCCUCUUUGGUGGCCAGCCUGCCAAUACGGCUGCUCCUGCCGCGGGCACAGCAGCAGCGAAGCCUUUGUUCGGUUCAUUGGGCACUUCAACUUUCGGUAACCUGGGCGGAGGAGCGUCGAAUGCCCUCAACAACACAGCGCAACCCAGCACAGCUGGAAUUGGAGGAUUUGCCUUUGCCAAACCAGCUGCUACCACAGCGGCAACGGGCACCGCGCAAUCACAAGCCGGUGCCUUCAGUUUGUUCGCGUCAACUGCUCAGCCGGCUCAAACGAAUACGCAAUCAGCACCCAGCGGAGGUCUCUUUUCGAACACGGCGACGGCACAAACGAAUGCUCCUCCCCAAUCAUCGGUCCUCCAGGCUAGUACUCAACAACAGCAGCAAUCAGGCGGUCUCCAACAAAGCGCGGGUGACAAUCGCUCCGCACGUUUCGACCAUUUGCUAGAGAAGGGCAGGAAGCGCGCUGGCGAGAAUGGCCUCAGUAGCCUUGAGGAACUCCCGAGCCUACAGCUGAACCUAGGCGACAUCGCCCGCAAGGUUAGGAACCUUGGGGCUGGCGGUCCCUCAGCCGCCCAGGCGCAAGAUGAUCGCGCCGCACACUACCUUCUCUCUGCCUCUGGCGUCAAGAUAGGUAGCACCAUACGCGACCUGAACCAGUUCAGCACACAAGCGGGAAUCAGCACCGGCCCGACAGCAAACGUCCUUGACACGGACGUUGACAGUUACCUCUCGAACAUCCACUCGCAAUCCACAUUGGCAUUGAUUCAAGAGGGUUUGGAACAGUCCAAGCGGGACUUCGAUGCUUUCUUGGAAGAGAAUGUUCAGAUUGAAUGGGAUGCCCAGCGCAAACGCAUCUACGAGCACUUUGGCUUGGGACGUCAGAGCGAAGAGCUGGCGGCUUCUCAGAGUACAUUCAACAAUACCGGCCGCGGUGCUUUUGGCCGAACAGCGCGCAAGGGUCGAUCGAUGGGCCCCAAGGCUUCGCAAAACGGUUCUUUCGCAGCGUCGAACGGGCCAGUCAUUGGGUCAUUCUCGAAGGGCCGGAUGGACCCGUCUGACAAGUCUACGAUCGGUGGUCAGGUUGGACCCGAGGAUCGCUUCGUUCGGGACAAACAGGAGAGGUUCAUGGAGAGGGUCCAGGAGCUUAAUAAGGCCAGGCAACGAGAGACCCCGUAUCCCGUCUUGCAUGAGUUCGCCAGCGUCGAAGAUCAGUCCAUGGGGGAGAACACAGAGCACUUCUGCAACGCAUACUCUGCGCUCAUUUCCAUCACUGGCGAGAAGCAAGAACUACAAGAUCUUUCGAACAGUGCCCCGAAGACACGACAAUUCGCACGGGAGUAUCUGGACGAGCAUCCAAAUUCGGCAAAUACCCUCAGCACUCGCAAGCGAAUUCUUAACGGUUCUCGCAAGUUCUUGGAAAGCAAGUUCACCAGCGAGGUUGAUAAUGCUAUCCGUAAACACCCCCGUGAGGCCCAAGUUGGCGGCAUUCCAUCAGCAAUCAGUCGCAUUCGAGGUUAUAUCCGUGUGAAGCUUGCAUUCAAGGAGCUGGGCCAGGAAGUCGAACAAUUCCAGAGGAUCGGAGCUGAGGGCGAAGAAUUUCCUUGGGUCAUUAUCUUCUACCUUCUCAGGGGUGGACUGGUCCAGGAAGCCGCCGAAUAUGUUCGUGAAAAGAAGACUUUCUUCCAGAACAACGAUAGGAAUUUCGCCGCUGCCAUCCUCCACUACGCCCAAGACGCUGACCGACGUCUUACUCCCGAUUUGCAACAGAGAAUCAACAAUGCGUAUGCUCAACGUUCCCGCAUUGGUCCUUCCAAUGAUCCAUAUCGCAUGGCUUGCUACAAGCUGAUCGGUCGCUGUGAGAUGACCCGCAAGAACUUGGAACCGCUUUCUCAGUCUUUGGAUGAUUGGGUUUGGCUUCAGUUCAACCUUGCACGAGAGGGAAACCGUGCCGAGGAAAAUGCCGGGGAGAUGUUCGGCCUCGAAGAGCUCCAGGAUACCAUCAAGGACAUUGGCGAGAGACAUUUUGGAUCUGGCUCAUCUGAAUCUGCUGGAUCUUAUGGUGUCUACUUUUACCUGGCUACGUUAGCUGGAAUGUUCGAAAGUGCCGUCAACUACCUCUACAAGUACAACUACGUUUCCGCCGUUCACUUCGCCAUUGCUCUAGAUUACUACGGACUCCUACGUGUGUCGGAUUGGACGACAGCUGGCAUGGAGACUUUGACAUACACUACUCAGCAGAAGGCGCAACUCAACUUUGGCAGGAUUGUUGGUGUUUACACUGCUGAUUUCCGUGCCGCCAGGGCUGAUGCAGCUGCUGAAUACCUGAUCCUGAUUUGCCUCAAUGCAGACUUAGACGGCGAAGCGGGACGGCAGCAAGCUGCUCUCUGCCACGAGGCCCUUCGCGAGCUUGUUCUCGAGACACGCGAGUUCGCAACCCUUCUCGGCGAUGUCAAGGCCAACGGCGAGAGCACUCAAGGCUUGAUUCAGCAGCGAUUGGCUCUCAUUAAGUUGAGCGACGACGAUGCCUUCAUCCGCAACAUAACCCAAGAAUCGGCCAAGACAGCAGACGAUAACGGCAGGACAAACGACGCGGUUCUGCUCAGCCAUCUAGCUGGAGAGUACGAUGCUGUCACCAAGAUCCUCAACCGUGCAUUGUCUGAGGCAUUGUCUGUCGAGAUCGGCCAAGAACCUCUUCGUCUUGAGCCGCUCAAGCAACGAAUGUCAGCUGCCGAUGCACAAGCACAAGCACAGGCACCUGUCUCUGACAUGUCAUCCAGCCUGAGCAUGUUGGGUACAGACGAUCCACUCGAGUUGGCACAGCGGGUGAUGGACCUGUACAACAGGAACGCGCUCUGGUGGGGACAAGUCUCCCAGAUGAGCCGCGACACAUUGGGCAUACUAUUCCAACUGAACACAGCAAAGAAGAUCAUCGAAGCACGACGCUACAUGGAAGCUCUCGACAAAAUCGAAGCCAUCGGCAUCCUCCCCCUCCAAGCGCAAGGCAACCUCUCCUCCAUCCGCGCCUCAGCCAACAACUUCGCCAUCUACCCGCCCGAAGUCGCCCGCAACAUCGGCAACGUGCUCCUCUGGUGCAUCGGCUGCUGCAGCCGCCACCGCGAGGUCCUCCUCAGCGGCCAAUUCGACGACCCGACCCGCCGGGCCCUCGCCGCCCAGCUCCUCCAGAAGGCAAAGGACCUCAUGGUGUUCGCAGGCCUCAUCAGGUACAAGUUGCCACCCAGGGUCUUCGAGACGCUGGCGAAGGAGGGCCAGGAGGUCGGUGCUUAUUAGGUAGUCUAGUCUAGUCUAGUCUAGUCAAGUCGAGCCAGGUCCGUUCGAUAGGUUGGAAUAUAUCGUGUUUUUGUAGGGGGCAAAUGGUUUCCUUUCUUGUUUGUCGUGUCUUGUCUUGUCUUGUAAUGCCUUUGAGAGGAAAAUGGACCUCAGGUGCAAAUUAUGUGGAGAUGCCAUAGCGGGAGAAACCGCUCAUUCUUCAAGGGAAUAGGGAAUAAAAUCAUUUAAUCAAAGACCAAAACAGCGCCUUUUUCCAGUUCGUAAAUAGGAACGAAUAGACGAG